CUUUUUCCUGUCCCGGAGCUACUUUCAGAACAUCACCGCUCCGCGACUCUACAAGCCACGAGCAGAACUCACCAAACAUGUCUCAACAACAACCCGUGCUCGUUCAGAGUGCCUCCCUCCAUGGCAAAGUCGCUCUCAUCACUGGCGCCGGCCGCGGAAUCGGCAGAGGCUGCGCCAUCGAGCUUGGAAAGCGCGGCUGCAGCGUCGUCGUCAACUACGCCAACAGCAAGUCCUCGGCCGACGAAGUCUGCAAGCUGAUCGAAGAGACCGGCACGGGCGCCAAAGCCAUCAGCAUCCAAGCGGACGUCAGCAAGAAGGCCGAGAUUGAGCGACUGUUCGAGGAAUCCAAGGCGCACUUUGGCAAGAUCGACAUCGUGAUGAGCAAUUCUGGCACCGAGUCUUGGGAUAAGACGGAGGAAAUCUCCGAGGAGAAGUACGAUCAUGUGUUCAACUUGAAUGCGAGGGCGCAGUUCUUCGUUGGCCAGGCGGCGUGGAAGUACCUCGAGGACAAUGGUCGGUUGAUCUUGAUGAGCUCGAUCGCCGCGGGACUCCUUGGUGUCAAGGACCAUGUGUUGUACAAUGCUUCGAAGAUGGCGGUCAUCGGUAUGAUCAAGGGAUUUGCCACGGACUUUGGUGCUAGAGGGAUUACGGUCAAUGGUGUCGCGCCUGGUGGCAUCAAGUCGGAUAUGUUUACGCAAAAUGCAUGGCACUACAUCCCUGGCGGUUCUCCUGACUGGCCAGCAGACAAGAUCGAGGCUCUCAUGGCCGACCACUGUCCACUCAAGCGCUGCGCGACCCCGGAGGAUGUUGCUCGCGUAGUAGCAUUCUUGGCUUCUGACGAUGGUGGAUGGGUCAAUGGCCAAGUCAUCACGAUCUCAGGCGGAUCAUCCCAGUAA